CCAUAAAGACUUGUAGAGCCGUGGUCUAUCCAUUGUGCCCAGCAUCAAAGCACUGUUACUCUCUGCUGGCCAACUGUGGAGAAAUCUAUUGUGAGAGCUCCCAGAAGGCCGCUCCAGGGAGCAGCUCGGUGGACUGGAAUCGCAGGCUUUGCUGUAGCAGUGAGGAAAGUGCGGAGGCCACAUCUGAACUCCUCUGACUUGACAAAGGGCAAAGAGAAUCUAACCUCACAUCAGCGCCAGUUUCUGUGAGGCAGAGGUCAGGUUUGCAGGUAUAGGCCAGAAACCAACCUCGCCCCUACAUCUCCUAGGACAGAAAGAACAACAGAGACCCUCAUUUGGAUCGAGUCUGAAUGAUGACUGCUGAAUCCAGGGAAGCUACGGGUCUGUCGCCUCAGGCUGCUCAGGAGAAGGAUGGUAUUGUGAUCGUGAAGGUGGAAGAGGAAGAUGAGGAAGACCACGUGUGGGGGCAGGAUUCCAGCUUGCAGGAGACAGCUCCCCCAGACCCAGAGAUGUUCCGCCAACGUUUCCGGCACUUCUGUUACCAGAACACUUUUGGGCCUCGAGAGGCCUUGAGCCGACUUAAGGAGCUGUGUCAUCAGUGGCUACGCCCAGAAGUAAACACCAAGGAGCAGAUCCUGGAGCUGCUGGUGCUGGAGCAGUUCCUGUCCAUCCUGCCCAAGGAGCUCCAAGUCUGGCUGCAGGAAUACCGGCCAGACAGUGGGGAGGAGGCGGUGACCCUGCUGGAGGACCUGGAGCUUGAUCUAUCGGGACAGCAGGUCCCGGGUCAAGUUCAUGGACCUGAGAUGCUGGCAAGGGGGGUGGUCCCUAUGGAUCCAGUACAGGAAUCCUCCAGCUUUGAGCUUCAUCCCGAGGCCACCCAAUCACAUGUCAAGCCUUCAUCUCGGAAACCCCGCCUCUUGCAGUCACGGGCUCUCCCUGCCUCCCACGUACCUGCCCCUCAUCUGGACAAGAGUCCCAGAGAGCAGGCAGUGGCAUCGGCGCUGUUCACAGCAGAUUCCCAGGCAAUGGUGAAGAUCGAGGACAUGGCCGUGUCCCUCAUCCUGGAGGAAUGGGGAUGUCAGAACCUGGCUCGGAGGAAUCUCAAUAGGGACACCAGGCAGGAGACGUGUGGGAGCAUGCUGUCCCAGGGUUGUGGAAACAAGUGUGAGACCGAGGAGUCAUCCUCAAAGACUAAAACUGCCGAAGACUCAACAGCACAUGGGGAAACAACGGGAAGAGCUCAGAGAAUAUUUGGAGAAAAACGUGAACAGCCAGGCAGAAUAGUAGAAAGGCAACAGAGAAACUCUGAGGAGAAAACUGGAGGAGAGAAGAAAGAUUCUGGACCAGCUGCAGUCAAAGGGAAAAAACCCACCACGGGAGAGAGAGGCCCUAGGGAGAAGGGUAAAGGAUUGGGACGAAGCUUCAGUUUGAGCUCCAACUUUAAUACCCCUGAAGAAACCCCAGCAGGAGCCAAGGCUCACAGAUGUGAUGAAUGCGGCAAAUGCUUCACAAGGAGCUCCAGCCUUAUCCGCCACAAAAUCAUCCACACCGGAGAAAAGCCCUAUGAGUGCAGCGAGUGUGGGAAAGCCUUCAGCCUCAACUCAAACCUCGUCCUCCACCAGAGGAUCCACACAGGAGAGAAGCCUCACGAAUGUACCGAGUGCGGCAAAGCCUUCAGUCACAGCUCAAACCUCAUUCUACAUCAGAGGAUCCACUCCGGAGAGAAGCCCUAUGAAUGCAAUGAGUGUGGGAAGGCCUUCAGCCAGAGCUCAGACCUUACAAAGCAUCAGAGGAUACACACGGGGGAGAAGCCCUAUGAGUGUAGUGAAUGUGGGAAAGCCUUCAACCGCAACUCGUACCUUAUCUUACAUCGGAGAAUUCAUACCAGAGAAAAACCUUACAAGUGCACUAAGUGUGGCAAGGCCUUCACCCGGAGCUCAACACUUACACUGCACCAUAGAAUUCACACACGAGAGAGAGCCUCUGAUUACACCCCAGCUUCCCUAGAUGCCUUCGGGGCAUUCCUAAAAAGUUGUGUGUAAAGGGAGAAUUUGUCCACAAGCCACUUUCCCCUUUUGUUUCUAAAAUUAUUUCAGAGAUGUAUGUAUGCCUAUGAAGGGAGGCGAAGAGCCUCAAAUUAAAAACAACAAGAAAAUUACACUUAAGGAUCCUUAUAGCUCCUGCAGGGAAAACCUUGUCCUUUGGGUAAUCCCUUGUCAGACGGAUAAUCCACAUGCUAGUUCCACCCGAGGUAAAAGCACGCACACAGGAAGACGGCAAACUUUUCCAUAAGGUGGGUGCCUUUAAGGCUCUGAAGAUGACACUGAGGUUAAGAAGCUACUCGCUACAAAUAAACCCAGCUUGGCCAACAUCUUUCUCAUAAAAAGAGGGACCGUUUUUAAAAAUGUCAUUGGGAUAUGCUGCUCAAACUAGUUAUAGAUACAAUGAGUUCUACGUCUGAUCACUGGUAGCCUACCAAAGCUAUAGAACUCUAGGACUGUACUGAUCGGUAUCAAACCAAAGGUUCCUGGCUCAUCCUGAAAGGGGAGGUAUGUGCACCAGUCUGCAGUUCCAAAGGACUGCCACAGAAGUAGAUGGUUCUGUCCGGAUGGCAGAGGUAUAGUCUACUGAAAUGGAAGCAAAAAUUUAAAAUAAAACAAAACAAAUGUCCCUUCUUGGAAUCCCUAAAGCAGUAUCUCACUCCGAAAUACUUUUUCUCCAUACUUUAGCACUUGCUUGUAUACUGUCUUCUAAUCUUUGUUCCAUGUGUGUGAGUUUUCAGCAACCCCAAACGAGAUGCUUCAGUUGUCAAGGGAUAUGUUUCUGUCCCUCACAGCACUGUGCACGGUGCUGCGCACACCCAAGGCAAUCCUAUGACUGCCUUCGAACAGAGGUUCUGCAUGUGUGACAGUCCUGUGAAUCCUGGGUGCUUCACACACAGGAGCUACCUGGCCCAGCUUUUGAAGAGGACCGUUAGUAUCAUGGGGUACGAUGUAGGGUCUAAUGCCAAAUUUGUCCGAAAUCAUGAGGAAAGGUGCUUGUUAGCUGCCUGCAUCAACGUCUACUUUUUUCCCCCCCAUAAACUACUAAACAUGCAUUGGUGAGCAGAUUACCAUCUUAAAGAAUACCAGGAAGGUGAAGGCCAGUUCUCUGCCAUCUUCCUAUGGCAAACAUUCAAGCCAGAAUUUGUGCUGGUCACCUGCGAACAGCAUGAUGGUUUGGGCACUUUCUACAACUGUGGUUCGUACAGUUGGGAAGGUCAGCUUUUUGUUGGUUUUCAGGGCUAGGAAAGUUUCCGGUAGCAUUUUCCUGCACUUUUCUAGCAACUUUGCAACGGAUUUGACAUCGUUACCUGGCUAAUCGUCACCCGGCUAUUCCUGAAGUGUUUUCUUGCACUCCAAAGUUCACCAGUGUAACGAGGUGUCGGGGUUGCUUUAUGGUCUUAGCUGCCAGUGACGUUUUUGUUUCUCAUCCCUGAGGACAGGUGCGACUAUAAAGCUCAUCUUUAACUCUUCUUAAGAGGGGGAUGCACUUGAAGCUAGUACUGGAGACUUCCGCAUGCACACAGGUGGAUUGUGGACGAUGGAGGCACUCGUCAACCCUUGUAUACAGGCAGAUAGCUCUGCUCCUGCAGACAAGCAAAUGAUGAUGGGAAGGCCUGGAGAAACUCAGGAACAUAGACUUAAUAGCAAACCUGAAGGCUAGCAUGACCCCCAAACUGGAGGACCCACAUGAAAGCUGAGGUUUUCCCCUCAAGUAACAGCUAAAAUUUACUCAUCGUUUGUUCACGGACCAACAACUAAAACUUCAUGAGGCAACAUGACUUCAUGGGGAGCCAGCCUCAAGCUGCAGACCAGACUCAAGUUCUGCACAGUAGUAAUUCUUGGGCCGCUCUUUUCCCAUGAAGAGGUAUCCAGACGCAGGGACUUGAAUGGUAACCCCAGGCACUGAUCAGAGCACUGGCUCCCCUCUGUUCUUCGGAAAAACGACCUUUCGAACUUUGGCCAGUCCCCACAUUGGCCUUUUCUCUUUAGCCCCAGCUACUUGCUGACAUCAUAAUUCACCCGUGCGCACACAUACAUAUUUUUAAUAUAAGUAAAAGUGAACUAUAGCCCAUGCUCCCUCCCCCAGCACCCCCUGCGUUCAACUCACAUUUUCCUGGGACAUAAUACUGACUUUGUGGGCUAGCCACUGGUGAUGCUCCAGUUCGCCAGCAGCUCACACCCAGGUGAAGCUAUUUGAAGAUGUGUUUCUGAGAAAAUCUCAGGCUACAACUGUUUAAAAACCACUUGCAUGGCAUUUAUUUUCAAAUGUCCAGUGCAAAGUGUAAUUGGGUCAUGGUCCAAAAGGCCCAUAGCUUGGCCCAGUUCGUGCUCCGGAUAAUCAGUCCGAAAUGUGAAGUGUGAUCACAGUUUACUCUGUGGUUAUUCAUUGACCUGCCAGUUGACCUCAUGGAAGUUUUCGGAAACUUUAAAAAAAAAAAAAAAUCACAUGUAUAUGUACAUACCUUCCUUGCCAGAGAGAGAAGUGAAAUGCUUCAAGUACGUACUUGUUUUUUGACUUCAGCCCGCCGGACAAGGCUAAAACCUGAAACAGACGAGGGCACCUUGACCUAGAAGGCACUUCUCACUUCAUCCAUAGGAUAAAAGCAAAACAGCUACACGUGUGCAGCAAGAUGGACUUUCCUGAUCGGUGGAACCAUCAAAUGUUCAUCAGCAAAUUCAUUCCAGAAAGGACCCUCUUCAGUGUGACAACUGUGGCCAAGCCUUUCGUCACUCUUCGCUCCUUCGCAGCAGAAAGCUUACAUUGUAAAUAGACUUUCUUCAGUGCCGUGCAUGAAGAAGACUUCCACGUGCAGCGCUCAGUGCAUUGGACACGCCGUUCCAUCACCGCGUUUGAAUCACGUCGCGAAUCCCAGAAACCCUGCAGAGGGAGCUCAGCCUUGACAACUCCGGAGGACGCACAGAACAGAAAGCAGCAAAUGCUGGGACAUGCUCCAGAAAUUGGGGAGCCUCUGUCUUCUGACAGCAAAGGCUAACGCUGGGUACUUGACCGUCCGACCAGCACGUCGCUGUGUUUUUGCCUCCAGCUUCCCUUGUCAUUCUGUCAAUUCCCCGUAGACGGGUGACGGACUUCGUUUUCAUCUCUUUGACCGAACAUCUCACUCUAAAAGAUAAGCGUAGUGAAGAAAUCGGUGUGCUUGUCGACAAAAGGGCAGUUCACCGAACUGAAGGGGCUGGGGGUGGGUGGGGUGGAUGAUAAAAAGCGUCAUCAUUUGAUGUGUACCAAAUCCAGAAAAGAGUAGAGAGUUCCUGAGAAACAGUUCAUGUGAACAUGUGCCGCUCCCUGAGAAUUCUGUUUCCUCUCUCUUCCAAACCAGGAGUGCAAGGGGCUUAUCCCCGAAACUGAGACUAGGAGAUGUACUGGGAAGUCCAGUGAGACCACUUAGUUCGGCCAACCUGUCAGCUAUAGCCCUGCUUCCCCUCCUGACGCAAAUCUUCAUUGCUCAGGAAAUUAGGGAUAGGCACACCCCCAAAUUGGGCUUUUCCCCCCAGAAGGUAAGCACAGCUCUGUCCCCGUUCUUGGCCUUGCAGGAAGCAGUGUGGCUCGUUGCCUACCUGCUCCUACUCAGCCCAGCUUUGUGAUGGUUAGGAGGAAGUCUGUGAGCGGACUCGCAGCUAGAGACACGUCAUGUUUUUAUUUCAGUCAUCUAUCUCACUGUCUAGUCAUUCUAACUUGCCCAUCCAAUGCUAACUAAGUGUGGAUUGGAGCAUGUUAGUAGGUAGUAAGAUAGGGUGCUGUGAAUCAGAAUUGACUUGAGGGAGGGAGUGUUAAUACGGUGGCAGCAAGACUUAGCACAGGAGCCAUAUUUCCGUGGGUCCUCUGAGCGACGGCUCAGGGAUGUUGAUGGGUGCCUGGCACUCCCAGUCCAGGAAACCGCAUGAAGGUCUGCACAUUGUUAACAUGAAAUCGCAAGUCAGAGAGAGGGAAAUCCAGAUACAUCAUUCCACAGAAAUAGAUUUUUUUUUUAAUCUCCCUCAUGGAAAUUUGAAUUUUAAAAGCUUUCUUAAAGUGUUUCAUUUUUAGAAUGGACACACUACAUGGUAAAUGCAGUUACUUACGAUUGCUAUUCAGGUUAAAUUUUGGAUUAUAUCCAAAAACGUUUCACAUCGUAAAGCUCUGUCAAACAAACUUGAAGUUACCGGGAGGUAAGCCAUCUCCAGUUCCGCAGGCCACACACACACUUGGGAAAUGCUUUCCCCAUGCCCUAAUGCAGAAUGUCUUCAUUAGAACUGGGUCUCCCACUGCCUGGUUCUGUUUCAUGUUGGCCACCACCAGUCUCGUUCUUUUCUCUGUGCUUGUGAAAGAGUGCACAGUGAGGGGUGCCCCUGAGCUCAGCUCCGUCUGCUGCCCCUUCAGUUAUCAUCCCUGCAGUUCUCUCCUCUGGCCCUCAGCCGCAGAUCUCACUGGCCACUCCGCUUCCCGUGUCUCCCUUCACCAAGCACUCCUUCAGCUGUGAGGCUGAACCUUUGAAGAGCUAAUGAGUCAGGGCUCUGGUGAUUGGAAGGUAGUACUGGAACUUGGAUUGCAUUCCCGUUUCAGAUUUGAAUUUUAUGUUCCUUUGAUCCGGGGAAGGGACCCACAGCUGAAAUAACCCCAAGCCACUUAGUUGCCCAACAAGGUUAGGUAUGUUAGGAAGGGAAGGAGGGUGGUGACCCUAUCAUCCUGUUAAGAAAGAAGGCGAGAGGCCCCAGAAGAUACAUUCAUGGGGUGGUUUGGGGAUUAAUGCUAACCUGCCUCCCCCUUCACCUCAAACCAGCUAACAGCAUUCGGCUGCUAUUAGAUUGUUUACUCUGUUCUAGCAAAAACAAAGCAAGUUAGACUUAGAAGUGCUUCUGCUACUAGCAAGGAUUCUAAUUUGGUAGCAAAUAUCCAAGAAGAGGGUAAAGUGGGCAGAAGAGGAUUGUGAUUAUACAGGAAAAUCUUGUUAUCAAAACGAGUUUAGGGGUAAAGAGUGGGAUAUGCAAGCAAAAUCAGUAAUAAUAUUUUAAGAUGAACAUAUGUAUUUUUAUUAACUUUUCGUUAAAUAUAGAUUAUUAUAUUACCAGGUCAACAUGAUAAGCCUAAAUCUAUUGAGAGAGAGAAAGCUAACUCAGGCAUUGUGUUGUUUAUUGUAGACUGGGUAAGACAGCCUUUCUUGUUUUUUUCAGUUCCCAGUUUCUUAGCUUAGAAAAAAAUUAGACCAAAAGGAAUUUAUCGUAUACCUGCAGAAUUAAAUUAUUGCUGUUAAAAACUAGAUUUUUCAUUUUAAGUAGUUUGAAGAGUCCAAAUGCUUGGUAUAGAUGCUCAGUACAUACAUGAUUUUUAACUUAAAUUUGUUUGUUUAAAAUCUUCGUGAAUUUUGUAGAAGAAUUUCUUUUAAGAGCUCCUGGGAUCUUAGAGGGGACGUUUUGUGGUUUGAGUGGCUUAAAUUGUUAACAUUCAGCAUUAAUUUGAACCCUUGAUUGGGAUAAGUAUGAGAAGUAGCCACAGAGUAAAAUGUAUACUCGGCGAACUGCCUGCAGUCUGCUUCAGGAGACCCCGGGGUCUGCCAAAGAAAUGGUAGGGUCGUGCGGCUGGGAGGGGAAAUUGUGGGGGUUUGUAAUACUCUAUGUUGUUUCUCUUCCGGGUCAUGGUAAAACAAUAAAUUAUCAUCUCUAGGUGGCAAUA